AUGGACAUCGAGGCGACGACGUACGAGAAGAAGGGCAUGUUCCCGCUCCCGCAUGCGGACAUCAUCAGCAUCUGCAUCUCGAACGAGUCCUGUUUCGACAACAGCGGCCCCGACGUCUGCUGCUGCAUACACGCGUUCGGCUCCGUGUCCAACAUGAAGCUGGAGAACAAGAGGAAGCCCAUCGUCAUCAAGGCGAUGACGUCGUUGGGCGCGUGCAUUCAGACGUACAAUAUCCUAGAGCUCCUGAGCCCUCACUUCGUUGACACAAACAACGGCUUCUGCUUCGACCUCAAGAAGAUAGCCGCGCACUCGUCCUCGAUCGCGAAGGAGCUCAACUUGCUGAACAAGCUAAACAUCGACAACAUGAUGGUCGAGAACAGGGACAGCUAUGACGUCACGAAGAUGCUGAUCUACAAUGUGAGGGACUCGGACUUGCAUGCGCUCGUAAUAAGUAUAAAGACGUGCGACAGGCUCUUCGCGCUCGCCGGCGCGUCCAGGAGCACGUCGUGGUGCGCCAUCGCAGGCAGCUCGGGAAUCAUGGUCUACGGCUACACAGCGUCGGUCGCGAUGAGCGAUGGGAAGACCCUCGACAUGAGCAUAGUCACGGCAUCCGACGAGAUGUCGUUCGAGGGUGGGUUCACCCUCGCGCUCAGGGCCGGCUGCCACAGGGGCGUCGUAGUGGUCGACGGCAACUCGUUGUACGGGACAAUCAUGUCCGAGCUCAGCAUCUACAUUGACACGUGCGCGUCUUCGAAGACUAUGCUCGCGUUGGUCAACAAGAUGUUGAUCCUCAAGUUAGAGGUCCUGAAGAGGAUCGACGUCGACAUCGACGACGUGAUCGAGAGCGGCAGCCACAUCUUCAUGAGGGACAAGGAGUCGUAUAUGUGCGUGAAGAAGGGCGCAAAGACGUUGUUGAGCGACAUGGACGCGGGCGCAGACCAAUAUCAACACAUGCCCCACUUCGUCUACGUCAGCACCGACGGCAAGAAGGUGGCGAGUGCCCUCGGGAUGAGGAAGCCGGAGAAGAUAUGCAAGCGGUAG